UUUUCAGUAAGACUUCCCUAGAUCAUAAAAGAGCCGGAAGUGAUGCUGAACUUGUUGACUGUCGCUCUCUGCGUCUCUGGCGUAUUUUCCAUAUCGGAGCCAGGGGUUUGGAAAGUUCAGUAUGAUAAAGAACAUACUAUUUAUGCUUUUCAUAAAAGCAUGUACAAGGGAACCAACAUAGCUGUAAAAGUUGACUGUCCACAAGUUGUAAAGAAUAAAGAAAAGACAGUGUUGACAGUAGAAUGGGUGAUACGUUACUCCCCUUGUGCUGAGGAGUUUACUGGCGUGGAGGAUGAUGUGAAUAGACAAUGGAUGUAUUUAAACAUGCCUGAAGCCCAGCAGAUCCAAAGCAACCCAUAUACAAAAGUAGAGUACAUGAAAAACGCCACCUCACAUGACUGUGACAGUGCUUUCUUUUGGUUGCCGUUUCAACCCAGUGAACAAAAGACAGUGGAUGCAUUUGUACAGCCUCAGAAUUCGACAAAAACAGAGACUGCAAAGAGUGAGAAAAAAUCCAAAAGAGAAGCAGAAAAAAAACCAACAACUCCAAAGAAGACUACAGUAUCUACAACAACAACAACAACAAAAGCUACCACUGUCACUACAGCAGCCCCACCACCACCUCCUGGGGAGAAGGAAAGACCAGCAUUCCAGAAAACAUGGAGAGAUGGCUACUUUAUCUUUAUUAUGAGCAUUACAAAUUCAAAAACGGAAAAUUUCCAAGCAGAAGUGGAUGUGGAAAUGUAUGGGGAAUAUGGAUUCAUUUCUGCUGUGGAUAUGCCCCUCCUAAUAUUUUACGGAGUGAUGGGAAUUGUAUACAUCAUCUUUGGACUGGUGUGGUUGGUUCUGUUGGCCUGUAGUUGGAAGGACCUCCUGAGAAUUCAGUUCUGGAUUGGAGGAGUUAUUGUAUUGGGCAUGCUGGAGAAGGCUGUGUUUUAUGCUGAAUAUCAAAGUAUCACCACUCAAGGCCACUCAGUGAGAGGAGCUGUGAUCUUUGCUGAGCUGGUUUCUUGCCUCAAAAGAGCCCUGGCCAGAAUCCUCAUCAUUAUUGUUAGCCUGGGAUUUGGAAUUGUCAAACCUCGACUUGGUACCACUUUCCACAAAGUUGUAGCCAUGGGGACGGUGUUCUUCAUUUUAGCCUCAAUAGAGGGUUGUAUGAGGCAGUUGAAGCCUAAGGAAGAUAAUUCAACAGACACAAUGUUAGCACUUGUCCCAUUGGCUGUUACUGAUGCCUCAAUAUGCUGGUGGAUAUUCUCCAGCCUUAUACAAACUACCAGAACCCUGCGCUUGCGACGAAAUGUUGUCAAGCUCUCACUGUAUAGACAUUUUACCAAUACUCUAAUAUUUGCUGUUCUAGCUUCAAUUGCUUUUAUGAUCUGGUCAUUUACACAGUAUAAAUUGAAGACAUGCAUAACAGACUGGAGAGAAAUCUGGGUAGAUGAGGCUUUCUGGCACCUGUUAUUCUCUGUGAUUCUGUGUGUCAUAAUGGUUCUGUGGAGACCCUCAGCAAACAAUCAGAGAUAUGCAUUCUCUCCCUUGUUGGAUGCUGCUGAUGAAGAAGAGGAAGAGAGCUUAAUGAACGAUGCAUUUGAUGGAAUGAAAAUGCGUGGAGUGAAGGGAGCAGCAAAUGGAUCACCUAAAAGUCGAAAAAGUGUGGAUGAAGACCUGAAGUGGGUUGAAGAGAACAUUCCAACAUCACUCACUGACAAAGCUCUUCCUAGCCUCCUGGAUUCAGAUGAGGAAAUGAUGACAACCAGAUAUGAAGUCAACAAGAUGCAGUGAUUAUCUCUGAUGGAACCGGUUAACAAGAAAAUUGUAUUGCCAUCCUCAUCUUGAUGCUCUUGUAUCACCAGACAGGCAGAGUUGGGAACUCAAGAGUUGUGAACUUAAAUUGCUCGACUGUGUCUGAAAGAUCAACUGUGAUUGUUGCUUGUGUAGAAUGCUUUUUCAGACAAGGGAAAAUAAGGAAAGAUAGUUUUGUAUUUAUUAAUUAAGUUAAUUGACUAGGAGUUGUUUAUUGGAGUGUUUGGUAUUUCUGAUUUGUACGUGUAACAAGGGUUUGCUGUAUAAAUUUAGUAACGAGCAAGGUGUAUGUUAUCUGGGUGAUGACUUGCACUUCUGCUAUAUAUAUAAUUACAUUUAUCAUUUUCAUUUAAUUUGGGUGUCAUUUAUUUUCUAGAUAUUUGUCAUUUUUAGCUUUUGUUGAGUAAGUACAUGUGAUGCUUUAUUCAUUGCUUUGGAGUAAAAUGUUAAGUUAAUUGUAAUAUAAAGUUUCUGAUUGCCUGUAAAAUUGCUUGUUGUAAAUAUAUGCCUCACACUUUAUGUCUAGUAGAAAGCAUCAAAAUACAGUAGAGACUUCCUGCUUUCAAUUCCUAUAUACACUGUAAAAGUUUUCCCUGAAAGUCCAGUUUGUGUUUGAAAAUUUUCAUUAAAAAAAGUAAAUAAGAGCAUGAAGAUUGUAAACUUUGUCUCUAAAACAGUUCAUUUUGUGUUUGCUAAAACCACUAAAAGUUAUUUUUUAAUAUCUGCUUCACACUGUUAAACAAUUUAGAGGGAAAUUUCACACUUUGCACUCAAACAUUUUGAGUGAAGUAAUAGUAGCAAAAUUAGAAAACCUUUGACAUCUGAAAAAAAAUUGUUUUAAUAUGGUGUAUCUGUAUUUAUUCAUAGUAUUGAUUUUUAAGUUCUUGAAAAUGUAAUAGGUUAUACCAUUGAUCUAUUCCAAGUGUAAAUUUUCAGUUUUGUGUAAUAUCAAGUGACAUAUCUGUACAGACUGGGAAUAUUUAUAAUUUAGGUUUUAAUACUGGAUAUACAUAAUACAAAUUGUAACCAAUGUAUAUACACAUACAUGUAUGUUUAUUUUAAUUCUGUUGCAGCAUGGGGACCAGUUGUUAUAUACAGUUGUAUUAAAGUGAAUCUUUUAUGGCAGUGAAUGAUAGAAAAGGUAUGCCAGUUAGAUUGUGAGUUUAUGAAUUACAUUAUUCUGUUUAUUUAUUUGCUAGUGCUUGUAAUUUGCUGGUUGCAUUCCUUUAUCAUCUAAGUUUUUAGGGGUACACAUACAUGUACUGCAAUAUGUAUUAAAACUUUUCAGCAACUUGAUAUUGGUUAAAUACUUGUACAGUAUACCUGUUAUCCGUUAUGCCACUCUACAGUAAAACACACUUAUAACGAAGUGCUGAAGAUGGAAAAAUUGCUUCGUUACAAGCUUAAUUUCAUUAUAUCCAUUAAAAUAUUCAAUAUAUUUUCAAGUCCAAGGGAAAGAAAAUGAUAUUGCUAUAAGCGUCAAUUCAUUAUAAACAUGUUCACUAUAAAUGUGUUUUACUGUAUGUAGUUGAUCAGUUUGUAAAUAAGUACAUGUAUAAUAACUAUAUAGUAUGAAGAGUGGUGACGCAAAUUUAAUUUACUGUAAUUACUCAUUUCUUCAAGUUAAAAAGUUAUGCUCUUGUAAAUGUUAGGAAUAUACAUGACUUGUAUACUUUUGUGAAUUCCACAUAUAUCUAAUAUUUUCUUCUCAAUUUUAAGUUCAAUAAAGUAUAAAAUUUGGA